UGUGAAGUCAGACGAUUCGUAGAGGAGAUAGGUCGUGCAUCUCAACUAGCUUUAAACAAACCUUCCAAGCGCGAAUGACCCGCGGCAGGAGUUCUGGCCCAAAGCGUGCGUUGUUUGAAAAAAGAGGCGGGAAAUGCGCUGUGUCUGGCUGGCAUGCGUGUGUUGGGCAGUGGCUGGGUACAGGCAUACCUUAUCCUUCUAUGCCUGUGAGGAAGUGCAGUAUCCGACGGAGAAGGCGGUGAUACAGUCGCAGUUUGUCUAUUUGCUGGCGGCGACCAACGACUCCGCCUUGAAUCCUCGCAGCGGGCAUUACUUCCAUCGUUACAAUAUCCGGGAGAAGUGGAUCGACUCCGGGAAGGGCGGCUUUGAAGUGUAUUGGCAGGAUUUGCCUGGGGGGCCCUGGAGAAUCCUUGAUUUGCAUACGAACAACACCGACGAGGAGGCCACAACGUACUGGCGGCAAGAGCUGGGUCCUUGCAAGGAGAGGGACUGGUGCCGCAUGGCAAUGUGGCAUUCUGAGCUCUGGAAGGGCCACCGCUUCUACUUGAACUUUUUGUGCGUCACAGACAUAAUGGGCCACGAACUCUUCUACGAGGGCGGCCCGUCAGACCCAGAGCUGGUGAGCUAUGCCUGGUCGCUGAUCCAGGCAAAGGGCGGCGGCCUGGAGAAGUUCAACUUGGUGCAGGUCCCAACUGGGCCGAGUGAGCAGCCGUGCCCCUGGGGGAAGGAAACUUCUGAUCUUUCCUAGCUCUGAUGUUGCAGGGUGUAAGCGACGAUUUUCAGUGCUUGUGAUUGCUGAUCGACAUUGUCCAUUGAAGUCACCAUACUGCCUUGGAGUGCUUUUGCGAGGAGGAUUCCUGAUAGUCCACAUCGUCGGGGAUUGAGCAGCAUCUCUUCAGGUCUGAAAUCAUUUGCAGUAAGAGGCGUGGCUGAGCUAUGCUGCACCAGAGCUGCGCGUUGUCAGAAACCAAGAGACAGGUUGGGCCCGGGUUCCGGGGGGUCCGGGCAUGGCAGCUCUGGCGCAGGGCAACGCUACCUGGGCUUGGGUUUUGCGUGGCCGCUUUGUAGCAGAAUUUACAAUGCGCAUCUGGCGCUGCGCUUUGUUGGGGGUUUGCCUCACACCGGAAAAAAACAUCAACCGCACACAUGCUUUAGC